AAAAUAUGUAGUAUAUUAUUAGUGUUACCCGAUAAAUGAAAUCACCUUCCCCAAUUUUGCCCAGAAGGCCGCUUUUGCCCAUCUGGACUGCUCAACUUCCAUAUUCCCUGCCCUUUUGUAGUUUCCCAUUUCUCACGCAUGGAAUCAAUCUGAACUCCAUCUUUAGUCCUUCCCAUGCCAAAGCUGUGAAGUGUGAACUAGUACUAAACUUUUAACUUAUUUGUGGUUCAGCUACUCUUCACCCUCCCUCCUAGAAUUCAAAAACAUGGCUCCCCCAAGAAAUAGACGCAGAAAGGUUGGUUCGAUGAGAAUUGAUGCCGCAUUGGAUUCUAUGCGUCCGAUGGGGUUCCCGGAUGAUGUUGUUCGCAAAUCCAUCAAAGACUUGCUCAAGGUUUAUGGGGAGGAUGGAUGGAUUUUCAUUGAGGAGGCUUCUUACAAGAUCCUCAUUGAAACGAUUAUUGAAGGACAGCAAGAAGGCAGAGCAGGAAGAGAUGAUGGAAGUGGGAGUGGUGAAAAAUCUGGAUCACUAGAAGAGAUGUGUGAUAAGGAAGAGCGCUGCCAGGAACAAAAGUGUCUACCAGUGGAGAUUGAUGCUGAGAAAAGUCCAAGCAAAAAUUCUCAGACCCACCAUCAUUUCAUUUCCAAGGAUGACUCUGGGCAACCUCAACUCGGUCCACCGGUGGACUUUGCUCCAACUUGCUCUCCCAUGGACCGUGUACCAACUAACCAAACACAAAAACCAUCUUGUGGAUGGCUCGAUGCUGAUGAUGAGGAAGAUUAGUUUCUAUCGCUGCCUCCUGAUAUCUCUAACCCAAACUGAUGUUACUAGUUAACUACUACGCAAACUUUAGAUAUUGGUGGUUAUAGAUGCGCUGCUUACUGGCGCACCAUCAUCUACAGCUGUAAAUAUGACAUCUUGCACCAGAAGUGCAGAAGUAAGUAGCUGCUUAUGUUUCUUUCUCCUUUGGGUUAGCCAGCAUCUUAUCAAGUUAAUGUCAAAUUCCCACAUGCACAGUUGUGAAUUUCCUGUUUCCUUCUUCAACUACUUAAUAAAUUUCGUUGCAGUGUAGCAAAACAGCAUCUUGAAUCAGGCCAUGGAAAUAGGAUUUGGAGUAGGUUGGGCCAAAUGCAGCCCCAGUACAAUGUAAAAAUUUGCAAUAUUUCUUUAUGCAGCCGCUUAUUGGAUGUGUUAUAAUCUUGGAUCACAUACGUGGUUGGUUAAGUCUCUCGUUCCCCCGCGGAUCAUAGGUACUCGGCAAAGCCCCAAAGGUAAUUUUGUUGGAGAUUACACUUUCCUGAUUACGAUGUUAAAAACUAGGAGGCAAAUAGUAAACGACGCUGGGCAUAUGCUUUGAAGCUUUUCAUAUUGUACUUGUCAUGUAUAGUAUAAUCUAGGCGUCUUGUUUUCCCCUUUUGCUCCCCACUAGAGCUAUUUAAUGCAGCGAAAAUUUUUUUGCCAAUGGUUACUGUGAAGAUCACCACCACUGUCUUCUUAUUUGGGGGUGAAAACAAGGAAGAAGCUGAAACGAAAUACAUCAACCAGUACUCCUUCAAGAAAAAAGAGAAAAACCACGAAGAAAACUUGCUUGGCACAAAAAGGAAAAAGAAGGGACCAGAAGUUUUAUCAAUUCUUUGUCCUUUUGUAAAAAGUGAAGUGAGCUAAUUUUAUUCCGUAUAAGAAGGAUAUGAAGUUGGAUCAACUCUUUGUUGCUUCUCAUUUGUGGUGGGAGAAGAUUUAGCAUGUUGGCCCUCUAGGAUAUGUAAUGCCAGCUGAUACACGUAACCUUUGUGAAUUCAGCAAAUGCUUGUUUUGUUGUUAGAUUUCGAAAAUAAGUGCAAAUUUAAUACUGAAAGUAAAAUAUUUGGAUGUGAGCGAAA